AUGACGGUUUCGAAACGUACACAGACUACCAUUGAAGAUUUUUUUGGUAAAAAUACAAGCAUGUCAAAGAAGCAAAAGAUAGAAAAGACUAUAGUAGAAACUAAUACCAAUAUAAUAAGUCAAAAAUCAUCAAUUCAAGGGAAUGAAUCAAAGAUUUCAGAUAUACCCGAAAGCAAUUUGAAGACACAAUUCCGUGCAUCACUGGACAAUGAUACUUCUGCACUAUUAUCCUGUGAACUUGAUACCAUGGAAGAUUCAUGGUUUGCUCAACUAAAAGAUGAGUUUAAGAAACCUUAUUUUUUACAAUUAAAGAAAUUUGUUACUGAAGAACAAAAGAAACAAAAAGUGUUUCCCCCAUCAAGGGACAUAUAUUCAUGGACAAGAUUGACACCAUUCAAAGAUGUUAAGGUGGUUAUAAUAGGCCAAGACCCAUAUCAUAAUCAUGAUCAAGCACAUGGAUUGGCUUUCAGUGUAAAACCUCCUGUUCCAGCACCUCCAUCAUUGAAAAAUAUAUACAAGGAAUUGAAACAAAACUAUUCUGAUUUCAUAAUUGAUAAUACAGUAGGAGAUUUAACUCCAUGGACUACACAGGGCGUACUAUUGUUAAAUACAGCAUUGACCGUCAGAGCACACAAUGCUGGUUCCCAUUCAAAACAGGGUUGGGAACAAUUUACUAAAAGAGCUGUGGAAUUAUUGAUUGCUGAUAGAGAAAAAACUGGUCAAAGCCUGGUUUUUUUACUUUGGGGUAAUAAUGCUAUCAAGUUAGUUAGCUCAAUAUUGAAGGGAGAUGAACAUAAGUACAAGAACAUCUUGGUUUUAAAAUCAGUCCACCCAUCACCAUUAAGUGCCAGUAGAGGGUUUUUUGGUAAUAAUCAUUUUAGGAGGAUUAACGAAUGGUUAUAUAAUGAGAGGAAGGAGAAAAUGAUUGAUUGGAGUGUAGAACCAGGUUCAUCUAUUAAAGAAAUAAGUGAAUCUAAUCAAAAGUUAAAUUAG